AUGGUUCAUAGCGUUGAUGAUGAGGUUAGUCGAAAAAGACAGCUCAAAUUGAUCUCGGUAUCAUUCAAAGAAGCAUCCCUAGAUUCCCCAUCAUUUCGUGCAUCUGUCAACUUCUUUCAAACUAGAAUAGAGAUCUUUGAAGACAGAUUACAAAAGACAAUGGAUUUUUUUGAUCAUAAGUAUAGAGCAUCUUUUGAAGAUUUUCAAAGAACGAAAGAAAUUAUGAUGUCUCAAUUGUUCCCAUCUCCAGUUAUGCUAAGUAAUGGUAUGGUAGCUAAUCAAUCAAUUACACCUGCUUUGAUAGCUGAUUUUAACAAGGAUUACAAAGCAUUCUCUGAUAAAUUAAUGAAAAUCAUGAUAAGCGAAGGUAAUACACAUUCAGUGGCAUUAUUAGAUUUCAUGACAGAUGCUAUGGAACCUUAUAAGAAUUCUAGAAAGACAUUUGAAUAUUAUCAAAGUAAAUAUGACGAAAUGACAGAAAAUUAUCUAGCUAUUAAAGUCUCAAAUACAAACUUGGAACCAAAUGUAAUCAAACGAGAGGCUAUACAACUGUUUGAAGUUAGAAAAAGUUAUUUAGUGGCAUCUUUAGACCUUGUUGAAUCAAUGUCAUACUUAAAAUUAAGUUUUGAUAAAUAUUUGGCAGACUCAAUGGCUAUUCUGAGGACUAAUAAUAUGUUUCGAUUUAAGGAAUCAGGUAGAUCAAUAGAUUUAUGUCCUCAAGUUGAUGAUUAUUUUGAAGAUUAUUUAUGUUGGGUAGAAAAUGCAUUAGCUGCAGCAAAAACUUUAGAACCAGAUAUUCAUCAUGCAAAAAAAUUGAUCUAUGAAUAUGCAAUUCAUCAAAUACAACCAUCGCAAAACUUGGAUGAUUAUAAUGUGAAGAGUAUUAAUUCUGUAACCUUAACUCCAAAAAUACCAACUACACCAUUAAAAUCACAAGAAAAGAAUGGAUGGCUAUUUAUGAAAACUACAGUGGGGAAACCACCUAGAACCAUAUGGGUACGUAGAUGGUGUUUCUUACAGAAUGGUGUGUUUGGGAUGUUUUUAUUAGCCCCCUCGAAGAUAUAUGUGGAAGAGACAGAUAAAUUUGGUAUUUGUUUAACCUCAACAAGAUAUGAUAUGGAAGAAGAUAGGAAAUUUUGUUUUGAAUUGAAAGUUUUUAAUGGGAGUUCCACAAAGACGAAUUCUAAUACAUCAUACAAGACUUUAUCUGUUGUCCUUCAAGCUGAUAGUCUAAAAGAACUGAAAUCAUGGUUAAAUGCAUUCAGUUUGGGAAGGAAAUAUAUUGAUACUCUAGAAGAGGGAACUAAUGAACAUGAAUUGGCUUUUAAAAGGUUUUCACCUAGAUUCUUCGAGUUUGCUUCUAGUACAACAACCUCAGUCGAUCAAUUGAUUACGACAUUUGAUAAUACAACAAAAUCAUUGCUUUCUAAUCUUAAUGGAGCUUUCUCUGAAUAUGAGAACUUAACAUUGGGUGAUGAUAAACCUUAUGAAUUUCAUAUGGAUAUUACACCUAUUGCAACCAAGAUGUCUCAAUUAGCUAUUCUUUCGAAUUAUUGUUCUAAUGGUAGUUGGUUCCCUAACGCCAUCCUAGCUAAUAUUUGGGGUUCAACUAAUUGGACUGAAUAUGCAUUGUUUAAUAAUGCAAAUCAGGAUUCCAUGAAUGAUUCAGGAUUACCGAAGUCAUUAACCAUGGGCUCUCCUGUGAAAUAUCCACAUUAUUUUACUAAAGAGAUGAGGGUCACAGAUCUUCAAUUUAAAAGUGUCUUUUUCGCUGUGAAUAGUCAAUCCGUAUGCAAAAAUGAGCAAUACGCCUUAUUUAAGUUUAAUUCAUUUUGGUAUCCAAACUCAAAACAAAGAUUCUCGGCUAUAUGUUAUGUGACUGUAGAUUAUGUGUUUGCAUAUAUGAAUACCAUGGGCUUUAUAUGUUUGGUAAGAUUAGAUUUUGAGAAAAUCGUAUCAAUUGAAAUUGAUAAGAGCAGUCCUAAUCGGUUGAUUGUUUAUAAUGCCAAUGGUUUACAAUAUAAAAUACACGUUGUAUUUGAUGAUUGUAGAGCAGUGGCUGCGAAAUUGCAAACAUUGGUAGUAAAUAAUGCCGAAAAAUCGAUUAAAUCACAGGAGGCACUCUUGACCAAAUUCAAGGACAUUGAUGCAGAAUAUCAAGAGAAACAUGUACUAGAUAAUGUUAUUAAAGAGCAGAAAAAAAUCGAUGACAUGUUGAAUGCUGAUCUAUCCCAAGCUAUGGACAAAGAAAAACAAAAACAAUUACAAAAAGAAACAGAACAUGGUGAAACUGAAAUGGCUAGUCGUCUGGUCAAUAAUUCAUCCUUUUGGAGUAUGGGUGAAUCUGCUGAAAAGAUCCUAGAACGUAGAAAAGCAAUUCAAACAUCAUACAGUGUAAUGUAUAGACAUGAUUAUGAUAUUCCUAGCAAAGGUUUGAUGCAUAUUUUGUUUGGUGAUCAAUCUAAUGCUUUCCCAAGAUGUCUUUUCCUUGCAUAUAACAACUCUAAAAUGGAAAGUAAUACGUAUUGGAACAAAGAGACGUCUGCUAAUGGAGAUGUUUCAUUGGUUCGUAAGAUUAGUUUCCAGUUAAACACAACACAUAACAUAUUUAAUGGAAAGAUGGGUCUUAAAGAAAAGAAUUCUGAUCAUGUGGUAUCUUUAAGGCAAAGGAUUGUUAAGAUGGUAGAAAAUAAAUAUUAUGAAGUGGAUCAGGAACCUAUAUUUAUUAAAUUACCAUUCUGUCAUCCUCUAAGAAUUAAAAUGAAGAUAAUUAUUUUGGAACAAUAUGAUCCUGAGAAUCAUGUCGCAAGUAAAUUGCAAAUGCCAACUGCCGGGUCUAUGUUGAAUUUAUUCUACAAAGUCGAUUAUAUUGAUUCAGAGACAGAAAGUAUAGUAACUAAGAUCAAUCCAUUAGAAAAAUUGUUAAAACAUUGGACCAUAACAUUUACUGCUACUGAAUUUAUGUUAUUUAGAAGAAUCAUUAGAUAUUAUUUAGAAAGGAUUGGUAAGCAUGGUAAGAUAAUAAAGACAAUUAAGUUAUGUGGGUUAUUAGGCAUUACAAAAGAUUCGAUAAUGGAAGAGAAAGAAUCGCCUGCCAAUGGAUUAAAUUUUAAUGGGAAAGAUGAAUCUCAUGAUAAUAUAACAAGUAAAUUUGGUACAGUCAAUGAAAAAGAAAUCGCAGAUCAUAAUAUGGUAAAUUAUUCAUUGUUUAUAUUGGUUAGAGUUUUCAUUAAGAUUAUAUUUUACCGUUGUGCAAACCUUUUAUUAUUAUUAAUAAGAUUUGUAUUUGGGAUGGUGAUUGUUACAUGUAGAGCUUUCUCUAAUAUUAAUAGAAUCCUAUUAGGUAUAUUGCUAUUAUCCAUUAUUACAAACUUAUUUUUAAGUGGGAGAUCUACUGUAUCUUAUUGGACAGUCAAGAGGGCAGAAAGGACAUUUCAAAAUUUCGCAGAGAAAAAUAAUAAUAAUAAAGAAGCAACUAAACCGACAAGUAAGGCCAUUUCCAUCAAUGACUUGGAUAUUUUAACAAGUAACCUAGCCACUGAGCUAGAUAAUCCUGUUUAUUUGAAAUUUAACGAGGAUAUAUCCUCGAAGGAUCAUUCCUUCCAAGAGACAAGAACAGACCUUGCUGUAAGAAGAAAUCAACUUCUAGUAGAAUUAAAGAUAUUACAAAGUAUGGAAAGAGAGGUCGUACAAGGAAAUUAUAGAGAAUUCCUAUUGAAGGAAUUGGACAGUUGUAAUGUCGCCAAGCAUGAACUACCUGGCGUAUUUGAAAAUGACACUAACUUACAAGAGUAUUGUAUAUCCUGUUCUUCUGAGUUGGAAAGAUUAACACAAUUACUUCUAUAA